AUGCAUUACAGAUUCUUUAGAGAUAGUUUUUAUGGGAGAAUUGCCUACCAUUUGUCUGGUAAGAAGCUUUUUCAACACCCUGAGGAGAAACCUGGAUACGUUAUUCCGGCGAAAUAUUUGCCCGAAGAUAGAACUGCAACACAAUCACAGUCAUCGUUAAGUGAGAAGGCUAAGAAAGACACGGAAGUUGACAGGGAAGAAAGUGAUUCAGAAGCUUCCGAAAAGCCUGAUAUUAUAUUAGCAGAGUGGGAUGGUGAGGAUGAUCCUGAGAAUCCAUACAAUUGGCCCUUCUACCAAAAAGCAUUUUUCAUUGGUGAAAUUAUGUUUUUGACUGUGUCAGUUUAUAUGGCAUCUGCUGUGUACACCCCAGGUAUUGAAGAAAUAAUGGAAAGAUUUCAGAUAGGAAGGGUUGUUGCGACAUUACCUUUAUCUUUAUUCGUUAUUGGCUAUGGUAUAGGGCCGAUGGUUUUGCUGCCUUUGUCGGAAAAUGCAGCUUUUGGUCGUACGUCUAUCUAUAUGAUAACUUUAUUUUUAUUUUUCAUCUUACAAAUACCAACUGCAUUGGUAGAUAAUAUAGCAGGAUUGUGCAUUUUGAGAUUCAUCAGUGGGUUUUUUGCCUCACCGGCCUUGGCUACCGGUGGUGCUUCUGUGGGCGAUAUUAUUACUGUCCCAUAUAUGCCUGUUGGUAUUGCUUGCUGGUCCAUUGGUGCAGUCUUCGGUCCCUCAUUAGGUCCUUUAUUCGGUUCGAUUUUAACAGUGAAAGGAGGUUGGAGAUGGACUUUCUGGUUCAUGUGUAUCGUUUCUGGUACUUGCUUUGGAAUUUUGGGUUUAUGUUUGCCCGAAACUUUUGGAAAAACUCUUUUGUACCGUAAGGCAAAGAGAUUAAGAAAAAUAACUGGGAAUGAAAAUAUCACGAGCGAUGGAGAGAUUGAGAUUAAAGGAAUGACAACUCAUGAAAUUAUCGUUGACACUUUAUGGAGGCCAAUUGAAAUUUCUUUUGCAGAGCCCGUCGUAUUAUUGAUUAAUAUUUACAUUGCAUUGGUCUAUUCUAUCCUUUAUUUAUGGUUUGAGGCUUAUCCGAUCGUUUUCUAUCAAGUUCAUCAUUUUACCUUGGUCGAAAUGGGAGUGUCAUAUGUUAGUAUAAUCAUCGGUGUUUUACUUGGUGCUGCUAUUUAUAUUCCUAUUAUAUAUCAAAGGUUUACAAAACAAAUAUUUAAUGGAGUGGAAGUUGCUCCAGAAGUUUUCCUUCCAAGUGCAAUCUUCGGAAGUAUUAUGAUGCCGAUCGGCCUUUUCAUUUUUGCGUGGACAGCCUCUCCAGAUUUACACUGGAUUGGUCCUUUGAUCGGGGCAAUGGUAUUUGCAGUCGGUGCUUUCAUUAUCUUCCAAACUUUAUUUAAUUACUUGGGUGCGUCUUUUUAUAGAUAUUUGGCAUCAGUCUUCGCAGGUAAUGACUUGUUCCGUUCGGUAAUCGCAGGGUGUUUUCCUCUUUUUGGUGAUGCAUUGUUUAACAAUCUUGCAACUAAGAAAUUUCCAAUAGCGUGGGGCACAUGUAUCUUGGCUUUUAUUUCGGUCCUCAUGAUUUUGAUUCCAACUCUUUUUUACUACAACGGCCCUAAGUUGAGAGCAAGAUCAAGAUAUGCUGGAUUUUAA